AUGCACAAGUUCCAGGAUCCACGAACGAUCUACAGACCUUCGGACAUCAUUAAUGACGUUCGACGAGAGUACGGGGUGGUCAUGAGCUAUCAGAAGUGGUUUCAUGAUCGACGUGAGGAAUUACAGAGUUGUGCAAGUGUGCUAACCCCGGCUCAAGAAGAUAAGCUCUUCAAGACUCUAGAUGUGGCAAGAAAGGUAUAUGUAGAACCACUAGAUCAGUUUCGCUUCUCCGUGAGAUAUGCACUAGCAGUGGCUAUGCAUAGAGGAUUACCACCACACACCUUAUGCAGUGUGUAUUACAUGACUGAUUAUUGGAGAGCAGCGUAUGCGGAAACAAUAUUUUCUGUACCAAACGAAGUCGAGUGGGAAGUGCCCGACCACAUUCUCCUACUUAAUAACUUGUUGCCACCAGCAGUUGGACCACGUACUCCUGGACGUACACGUACGUCUAGAAUACCAUCUACCAGAGAGUUUCCCCAGCCUUGUAAGUGCGGUAGGUGCGGUGCAACAGGGCAUACUAGAAAAUAUUGUACAAGUCAAAUUCAUCUACAUGACAAUGUAACGGAUGUGUAA